ACAAAUUACAGUCAUAUCGAAUCACAAUAAUUUGGAGCAAGCAAAGUGCAUUUCUUACGAAGCAAGGGUGAACGCGUGGGCGUGGAAGAUAGGGGUGAGUGACUAAAAGAAAUAAAGAGGUGUGAGAGAGAGAGAGAUUAAAAGGGGGGGGGCAGUGGAACAACAACUCUCAUUCAUAUAACUCGUGCACUAGUCGGGCUUCUGAUAAGUAGUAUACAAGAGAAGAAAAUAAAAAAGGAGACCCAAUAACAGAAAAGAGUAGGCUACUCUGCUAAUCUCUUCUACCGCUUUAGUACCGUAGUAGUGCUGUGCUUAGCAACACGUCCACACAUCAUUAACUCUGAAAUCAGGACUGGCUGUUGAGUGACAAUGAAGCCCAACUUCCAGCAAGACUUUCCGCACCUGAAGUCCGUGAAUCGCCUGUCCAAGAUUCCUGUUGUCGAAACCGGCUACAACUAUGCUACUGCUAUCUACGACAGACUCAAGAGAUCAAACAGUCUGGUGUCGUGGGGUCUGACGUCGGCUGAGGCCGGAGUGCUGCUAGCAUUGGAGAUCACACUGCCAGCUGUGUCACUGCUAGAAUCGCCCAUCCAUACUGUCGACGACCUGCUCUGUCGCAGUCUCGACAUCGUCGAGGAACGAGUGCCAGCCAUUCACUAUCCUCCACAAGUGAUUUACACUCGAACCAAGGACUACGUGAGCGCGACAGUGGUGCAGCCUGUGCUGAAGAGAGCAGACUCUGUGAAGCAGAUCAGCCUGAGCAGCGCGACCAAGUACAGGGAGUUGGCCGCCGUCAGACUGGACAGUGCGCUCAAUGUCGCCGACAAGUACGUCGACAAGUAUCUGCCUGACACCGGAGACAACCCACAAGAUGCAACUGACAGUGUGGUUGAUGCAGAAGGCGAGAGCAAGGCGGCGCAGACCAUCCACCACGUGAACCGGUUCUCGCGCAAACUGCAGCGACGCCUCACCAGACGAACCAUCGCUGAGGCCAAGGCGCUCAGGCAGCAGAGUGCCGACACACUCCAGUGUCUCAUCUAUCUCGCCGAUCUGCUGGCUCGCGACCCGAAAGCGUUCAUGGAGAAGGCUCGGACAAUGUGGGCGCACCUGAGCGAAGACGAGCCUGAGAACCAAGUGCCUCCGGCCAACCUCGAACAGCUGAUCGCCAUGUUGACGCGUGAGGUGGCGCGUCGAGUCGUGCAUCUUGUCAACUUCACCGGCGCCACAGUGGUCAGGAUGCCGCAGCGCAUAGGACACACACUACACGUCGCUGCUCAUCACGCCAAUGUGCUCACCGACUAUCUUCUCAAAACAGUCCACCUGGAGAGUAUGAAAGUCGCCACAGUGGCUCAGGCCAAAUUACAGUACGUUAAAGCUCAAGAAGUAGUUAACCAACUUCAAGUUUUCGGAAUAAAGCUACUGGAGAGGAUUUUGUCUCAGAUAAACUCAUCAGCAGACAGGAUACAUCCGAAGCCGCAACCAAGACAGAUCAGCCACAGCCACAGCCAUCAGCACUCCCACUCCCACAAAUCGCCAGCCGUUGUCAACAAGAAAGCCGCCCUUCAAAUCCCGCCGCAAAACAACAUCCCCGCCCAGAUGAGCAACAACGAGAACGACUCUCAGUCCAACAACCACACCAACUCAUCUGGCUCAAAGAAACACAAAAAACAUGAAAUCAAACAAGACACUCCACAUGUCAUUGAGGAGGUUGUCAACUAACCAAAUUGAAUGUUAAUUAAUUUUUAGCUAGCUAAUAGCAUUGCAUUUUAGAUUGUACACGAAUAUUAUGUAAUUUCUUUAACUGUAGCCUAUUCGAAGUUGUAACUGGAUAGACUGAUGAUAGAAAAACACUAAUUCUAGGUAGGCCUACUUUCAUUUUCAUACUAAUUCAUAUCGACAUCACUUGUUUAACUGAAUGUACUUAAUUCUAGGUAUAAUAUUAAUUUGAAAUGAAUUAUUUCUACAAUCUUAGAUUUAUUAUUUCUUUAUGAAUAAAAGUAAAACAAAUAA